ACUGCAGCAGUAGUUCAAGAUGCGGGGUGGACGCUAGAUAACCCUGUCUUCACCAGCUAUGUAUUCUGGUCACAUGCUAGCUGCAAGAUGCUUAUCAUGGGACCUAUCACAGGAUACUUCGCGUACAUCUAUAUUUUGACAGUCUUGUACUCUGUACAGGCGUUCGCUAACCCUGAGGACGCUGCUUCCAUGGGUGUGAAAGGUACCAAGAUUAACGAGAACGUGGAGCGAGUCAGGAGGUAA